UUUCCACACCGUGAGUUAGAUUGACGGUCCGGAGAAUGACCUUGGUUCCUGGGACGUUUUCCUGGUAUCGCUUCUCGGCCUUUUGGCUAAGAUCAAGUGUAGUAUCUGUUCUUAUCAGUUUAAUAUCUGAUACGUCCCCUAUCCGGGGAUCAUAUAUUAAAUUGAUUUUUGGAACAGGGACAUGGAAUAGGGGCUUGCUCCGUCCACUCCACGCAUCGACCUGGUAUUGCAGUACUUCCAGGAACGGUGCACCUCCACUAUGAAUGUUGAAAGUUAAUGAGACAAUUAAAUACGUGGUGUGUUAUGGAGUAUGUUGUGCAGUGAUCACAUAAGUGUCGUUGUUUUUAUGUUCUUAGUUAGGUUUCAUAAGGUUUUGAAUUUUAAAAACUAUAGUUCUUGGCACUGUUGAGACCCUAAUCUAAACUUUUUUGCUUUCAACCAUUUCUGAUAGUAUAAUUAAAGGAUCAACUACAGUUACUUUUCAAUUUUAACUCUUUCAACACACUUUUUUUUUUUUUUGCCACAGUCUGAAACGUUUAAUUCCACCAGUUUUUAACCCUGAUGUCAUCAAUUAUGUAUUUACCACAUUUCAACUUAUAACAGAUCACAACAGUAUUUCCAUUUAACCUUUCAUGAACACAGUGUUCUGGAAAGCACAACUGUUUAUUACAGAAUAGUGCAUGUUCUAACCUACCACAUGGACAUAGUGGCAUCUUCAGUAGUAAGUACCAUUGCUUGUCUUUUCUCCUCUAAUGGCACUGAAGGAUGGACAGUUUGCAUGUGCAAGUUGUUUGAGGAGCCUUGGCGGUAUGAAAUUUUAACUUGACACAGUCUACACUGCCUUUCUACUAUCAAGCACAUUAAAAUGUGUCCAGACUUUACUGCUUUUCUUUCAUUCAUUUUCCUCACCCUUUCUAGCGCUUGCAGUUUCCCUGACUUUAUGUGGGGAUGGUUGUUAGGGCCCCAGAGACUUGAUCUUCUCUCUCUUGCUCUUCUGUUGCAGGUCCUUGGCUGGGCGGAGUCUACAGUCAUCUCACCUGGUGCACCUGGCCAGUGUCCCUGGUUAUAUAAGCCCACCUGUGGAGCCAGAGAUCUCCCUCUUCUCUCUUAUACCCAGCUAUCUAUGCUCUUCUUCGUCUUACUUUGAUUUUUUAUUUGGUUUGUUUUGGUUUAGUGAUUCUGGUCCAGAAUAUUCGAACAAAUGGUGAAAGGUAAAGACGCUUCUGGGACGAACUCCUUCAGCUUCAGCACUUAACUGACUUCUACAUUUAUUAGGUUAUUAAAGACGCAUACAUUCUGCCUCCUGUGAUUUUUACUGACUUAUUCAGAAUCGAACCACUUUUUAAACUUUGAAAUCCACUCAGAAAAUCACAUCUAGAUCCCUUAACUGAACUUAACAGGAGCAAUAAAUUACUCAGAAUCAGGAGAUCCUGGAAGUGAUUCCUUCUACAUCAUUGAAAGAGCCUGAAAUGUUUACACAGUACUGUAUAUCAUUUAGUUUUUGAUUGUUUGUUGGAUUAUCAUGCAGUUUGAUCACCAUCAGAUGAAUGAAUAAUGAAAGUUCUCUGCAGCUCCCAGACAGAAGUAGCUGCAUUAGCAGCAGCAGAAGCAGCAUCAGCCUCAGCAGCAGUAGUGUCUGGUCAUAGUAGCAGCAGUAGUAGAAGGCUGGAUGCAGUGUGUGUUUGCAGCCACUAGAGGGCAGCAGUGGAACACUGAUAAUCCUGAUGCAGCAGCAGCAUCACAUGCAGACACUUCUUUAUGGACACAUGUUGACAUGAGACGGCUGGAAUUAAACACAUUAAUAACAGAUGAGGAAAGUGAAAUAUUGUGUAACUGCAGCAGAAUAUUCAGAUUAUUGAAAUAUGUGAAGAAAAACAAUCAAGUCAAAUGGAUAUGAUGAAUUAUCAGAGAUGCAAAAACACUUAAUUCUUAAUUUAGGCUGCAAUCUAAUAUACUGAAAGACUGAAUUAUUGGUGGUUUUUAAAAUGUUGAUAUUGUUAGAAAAUAUGUUUUAACAGUCAUUUUAGGUACACUCAAACUACAAUCAUAUUUACCAAAAAUAAAUGCCUCACAUACGAUAAAAAUUGUAUAUUUUGAUCAAGAAACUGAGCUAGCACGUAGGGAAAAGCCAACUGCUCCUUUACUUUAUUGCCUAGACCUCCUCAUAAAAACAAAUUAGUAUUGCUUAUAUCAUUUAGAAUUGAUUUAAUUUACUAUUAUGCUGAGAAAACAGUAAGAAAAUUAAACACAUUUUCAUUUUCAAUGAAAAGACAUUUACACAUCCAACUAAUUGUCUUCAUUAAUUUAAGCUCUAGCUUAGAGCCCAAAGUUUAUGAAAAUUCCAAAUGUGUCUCACUGAAUGUUGGUAAAUGUUUCUAUUAUUAUGUAGAAUAAAUGAAUCAAAAAGAAUUUCAAAAAUAAAUCUGUGAAAGGAACUGUGUGGAUUUUUAGCAUUCAACAACAGAUAACAGUCUGUGUCACUAAAUUGUCCACCAACCUGAAUGUGUUUGUGGGAACAUGAAUGUUUUCAGUCUUUCUGCAUGAUGUGAAGCAGAUUUAGUGGAUCUGCCGUCAGCUUUAAAUCCAGAGCAUGAAAGCACACAGCAGCUUGAGCUGAGCUGUCAGUCAGCAGCAGCAGCAGCUUAUCUGUGGGCCGCUAACAGGGGCUGAUGGGAGCUUUGAGGACCUGAUAGAAAGCACGUGGCCCGGUCUGCUCUCACAGCUCGUCCCGGUUUGGCCUCAGCUGCAUCAGAGCUCCACUUGUGCUCAGCUUCUCCAGAGGAAACACCACUGCACAAGAUGCUUCUCCUCCCAGCUGCUGCUCUGUGCUGUCUGUGUUCAGGGCUGGUUGCCAUGGCAGCACAGCUGAUUCAGGACGAUCUGACUUUGACCAGGAGAGUCGGAGAAUCAGCCUCCUUCAGCUGCCGACAAACUGAUAAGUGUAGUGAUAGUUUUGUUUUCUGGCACCAGAAGACAGAAUCAGAAACAUUCAGACUGAUUCUUAAUAUUCAUAGGAGGAAUGGUAAAAUAGAUUCAAGUUACAAUCAUCCUCAGAAAAAUGAUUUUUCAGCUGUGACGAAACAGAACGGUGUUGAGUUGAAGCUAGAGAAAGUUAAACUCCAGCAUUCAGCCUCCUACUACUGCAGCUGUUACAUAUCAGGAUACAGGUUCUAUACCUUUGGCUCUGGAACUAAACUGUAUGUAACAGAUGAGCAGGUAGUGAAGCCCAUGGUGAGCGUCUACCCAGCAGCAUCCACAGUCCACCUGGAGGGGAAGAGCUCCCUGCUGUGUCUGGCCUCAGCCAUGUUUCCUCCUCUGGUCCGCUUCUCCUGGAAAAGACAGAAGGAGGACGAGCGGCUGGAGGAUGUGGACCCUGCUGAGGGAGAGCAGCUGGAGAUCAGAGAGCCGGGACGCAGCGCCUCCAUCUGGCUGAUCCAUCAGCAACAGGACGGCACAUAUAAAUACAGCUGCUACGUCCAGCACGAGGGAGGAACAGUGGAGGCCCAGACACAACAAGAGCUUCCUGAGCUUCAACAACCAACAGAUUCUCCAACGACCUCCGUUCCUUGUGAGAAAAAGCCAGCAGCCUCCGUUCCUUCUGAGUCUCAGGUGAAGCUGCUCUGUCUGCUGUCCACAGUGCUGAUAGUCAAGAGUCUGGUGUUCUGCUGUGGAAUCUCUCUGAUGAUGAUCCUCACAAACAAGGGACCGUCCACCAACUGCACACAUGCUGACUGACUGUUAGCUGCUGGACUUUUAUCACCAAUACGUCUCAUUGAUCUCUUUGAUCAGUGAUCAGAAAUGAUAACUUUGACGUGUUGUUCUUGGCUGUAAAAUGCUUCUCUUAACUCACAUGUUUGAUCGUCAUCCUGUAAACACAGAUAUUCACAAAUAUAUUAUCAUUUUUACAGCUUAAAUUCUGGAGGACGAUGUUGCUUUGAUAUUCUGUCCUUGUAAUCUCUUGAUAAAAUUGUAUGUAAAGUGCAGCAGGUUGAUCAAUAAACGUAAUAAA